UUCUACUACAAAAUUGGGGGGCGGCCUGGUGUUCAGAUGACAUGAGCUUAGUAAACUGUUUGUAAGCAUAGAGGAUCUGUUGAAUCUAUUAAUCAAUUUAGACUCUACAAAUGGAUUUUUUGUGAGCAGAAAAGGAUGGAAAAGUCGGACGCAUGCGAUCCAUACAGCCGACCCGCUCGCAGGACGCAAUGGAUCGUGAGCACUCUGGCGUAUCAUUACGGACUAGACCGUGGAGUGGAAAACGAAAUUAUAGUCCUCGCAACCGGGUUGGAUCAAUACCUUCAGGAGAUUUUUCACCACCUAGACUGUCAGGGAGAUGGAAAAAUACCCGCCGAGGAUUUUUACAUUCUUUGCGAGAUUUUGGGGCUGGAUAAAGAGUGUGAUUUGGAGGAGUGCGCGGGGAUUUUGGAUAAUCUACCCAAAGAGUUCAGCUUCAGACAGUUUCAUGCCAAACUCUGCGGUUAUUUCAGCACCAAAGCUGGGUGCCACUAUGAGAAUGGGAGGUUGUUGGUUGGGAAGGAAAGCGAGCAUAUAGAGACGCAGAUCAGACUCCGGAGCCCUUUGAGGCGGCGAGAGAAGCUGCUCGAUUUGGGUACCAGUCAUAAACGAGAAAGCGGAGAGUCUUCUUCAUCUCCCACUGUGGAUAAACACACGUCAGGUUGUAAGCAGCUGGGAUCGUGCACCAGGGAGUGUUACGAGGAAAUCGUGGCCCUCGAGGAGGCUGAGGAUAGGAUAGCCAAACUUGAAGAGGAAAAUGCGAGUCUCAGAGAGUUGGUGGAGGACAUGCGCGCGGCUCUUCAGAGCAGUGAUGCUCGAUCAUUGGCUUUACAAGUUGGGCUGUGGAAAAGCCACUCCAAACACAAACCAGAGGGUGGCUGUUUCAUUGCCCACCAAAGGCGAACUGCACAGAAGCCCAUCACCUCUGGCACCCUGAAGGAUGUCCAGAGUUUCCUGAAAGAGAUGGAGUUCAUCCGGAGUUCCAGGGAUGGGCAGAUUGAAGAGGCCAUGCUCUUCAACCAAAAGCUGGAGCAAGAGCUUGAAGUGUCACGCGAGGCCGUGCUGAUGCUGGAGGAAUGUAACAGGACUCUAAAGAAGGAACAGGUUGAGAUGAGGAAGAGGGUGGAGGAGGCCAGGCAGGCUGUGCUUAGUAGCUUCAUGAAAGUAAAGGAACUGGAAACCAAAGCCAGUCAUGUGCCUGUCCUGCAGAGACAUGUUCAACAGCUGGAGACGGAGCUCCUGUUCUACAGAUCUGAGGUGUCAAAAAAAUCAGUUCCCUUCGUCAACAAACAGGACAGGCAAUAUAAUGGGGUCAGCCGGACUGCGCCGCGCUGUUGCCUAGACACAGAACAAGAUCGGCGCUCACCAACGGGCCGUGCAGACACCAUGGAGGAGCAGCUUUUUCGUUCAGUGGAGGGUCAGGCGGCGUCUGAUGAAGAGGAAGAGAGAUGGACCGGAGAACAGCAGAGACAGAUAGAUGAGGUGAAGAGGAUCCUCACCAGACUCUCCUGCUGUGGAGACAGGUGUGAUGAGAAAGCAGUAAAGAAGCUGUUGUCUCAUUUCGGGGAUUCUCGCACAGAAGAGAGUCAAACGGCUGUGCUUGAGCUGCUGGAGAAGGUCACGCGACUCAACAAACAGUUAGAGCUGAAGGAGAGUCAGGCCAGAAGAACAGAGAUGAACACAGACCAGAUGAGGGAUGCCCUGGUCCAGGAGCUACAACAGAAGGCAGAGGAGACGGAGCUGCUCCACCUGGAGCUGCAGAUGCUGGAGACAGAGCGGGUGCGUCUCUCUCUGGUGGAGGAGAAACUGAUGGAUGUGCUACAGCUUUUGCAGCAGUUGCGAGAACUGAAUGUCUCUAGAAGAUCUCUGGGAAAGAUUUUGCUGAGCACAUUGGAGUCUUGCAGUGAUCCACAACAUGGAAAAGCACAUAUUUUGGAGGUGCUCAAUGCUCUUUGUCAUGAACUGGCUGCAUGUGAGAUCCCAGACUGUAGAGAGAGCACAGAGUCAGCAGUCGCUCGCCAACUCACUGCUCAUCUCCUGCUAGGCAGUUCUGCCACCUGGUGGUCACAGGAAGCUAUAGACUCUAUUGAUGGAACUUUAUAGCCACGUACUGUAAAUGGCAAUGGAAAAUUGGACCAUACUUAGCCAUGAAUGGCUACAUUUGUCGUCAUGUUUUCAUAUUUCUGUGUACAUUUCAUAAGCUCUUUAUCAUUUACAAAGAAAUAUGUGACAGUGUCUCAUUUUGAAGCAUUUUGUGUCAUCUAGUCUAAGCUAGUUUUUCCUUGUAAGAUAUUUGUAAAAUGUCAUAAAUUGAGUAUCAGUCUUAUCUUAAAAUACAUGUAUAUUAUACAGUGGUGUUCAUUACUUUUUUAGGUCAUUUGAUAUUGAACUGCCUAACCAAAGAACACCUGGUUGAAGAUCAAUCGGUUACAGCUCAUUAAAUACACAAUCUGACAAGUUCAAGAGAAAAACCAACAGCUCAUUUGAGUUACUUGCCAAAAUAAUGCCUUCUCCUGUCAGUUAUGUUUGUAUCUCAAAUAUAGACUGCCUAGCUUUAGAGGACCGCAUUUAUGCACCUUUCAUUGUUUCAAAAUACUGAAACAUUUGUUGGAACCUUUGAUUUAAUCGUAACACUUCUGAGCAUUUUUGUUGCUUUUUUUUUUUUUUUUAAGGAUACCCAUGAUUUGCAUGGAACUUUCUUUGUACCUCUCUCCAGCUUACUGAGAAAUUUUGCAAAUUUGAUUUGAUAGACUGCAAUAAGAAAACCCCAGGUUUGUCAGACUUUUCUCUUAUUUUACUGUUGUUCCGAAAGUUGAAAUAAAACUUUAGGAUUAUGCAGUUUUUUUUUCAAGAUACCCCCCUUACAACAAAUUAAAACACAAUGCAUCUGAAUCAUUUCAUACAAUGAUUUAUACACACUUGUUUCUCAAACAUACAUUUGCGUAUAUAUUUCAUUUUUUUUUUUUUUUUUUUUUUUUUUUGGUUUUAAAACAUCUAAAAUGUCUUUCAAUUUUCUGCUUUAAAUAAGAGCUGAAAUACUUAAAUCGAUGGCAUAAAUCAAUAUAAAAAAAGUUGAGAAAAAAAACAUGCAAGGUGCAUCACUAUCCCUUCAUCAGAGAUUUGACAGAAGGCAUACAAGUCGUAAGGUGACACUGAGCAGGAAAAACAGUCUAAAGGAGAACAGAAUUAUGUGCUAUAAUUAUUUCACUUCUAAUAGUGUUUAUCCUCUUAAAUGUUUUACUUGUGCAAAAAAAGCAUUUGUAUUUGUAUCUAAUAAAGAUUAGUUCAUGUGACACGGAUGGCAGAAUACUCUAUGCCAAAAGAUCCAUCUAACUCCUCACCUGUAAGAUCUCAAAUGUUCUUUUGGCUCACAUUUGUACAGUACAGAUCAAUGUGGCUUAUGAGCACAGCUACCGUCGGGCUGUAUCAAUCCUUAUUCUACGAUGCGUUAAUGAGUUGUUUAACACAGAAGCCCACAAAUGAAAACAAUAGCUCGUGAAAGUGAGCUUACUUGGUACAUGAUUCUGAAGUAAGAUUUUACAAUCUUACACCAUCACAACGAGAGUCCGGUCAUAGGAAAUUACUACAAGAAAGCAGAUAGGGGAAAAAAAAAACAGCUUACAGCAAAUUAA